AUGGGCUGGGGGAAAGGCCAGGCUGAGAAUGGAGAAGGAGAAGAAAUAGGCUCCACCCUCCAACAUCCCCAGGCAGAGGAGGAAGAGUGUGACAGCGUUGAGACUAUUGGCCGCUGCCCCUUUAAGGGCCGCCGCUCCCCACAGCCAAGCAGUGGCAUCAAAGGAGCGGGAGUGGCUGAGCCUUUUCUCCCAGUCAAAAACAGCUCUCUGGCCUCGUGGCCAGAUGCCCCCACCCUGGCGCCCAAUACUGCCAACACGAGUGGGCUGCCAGGGGUGCCGUGGGCGGUGGCACUGGCGGGGGCACUGUUGGCACUGGCGGUGUUGGCCACCGUGGGAGGCAACCUGCUGGUAAUCGUGGCAAUCGCCCGGACCCCGCGACUCCAGACCACGACCAACGUAUUCGUGACUUCUCUGGCCGCAGCCGACCUGGUGGUGGGACUCCUGGUAGUGCCGCCGGGGGCCACCUUGGCGCUGACUGGUCACUGGCCCCUAGGCGCAACUGGUUGCGAGCUGUGGACCUCGGUGGACGUGCUGUGCGUUACCGCCAGCAUCGAAACCUUGUGCGCCCUGGCAGUGGACCGCUACCUGGCCGUAACCAACCCGCUGCGCUACGGCGCGCUGGUCACCAAAAGCCGCGCCCGGGUAGCGGUGGUUCUCGUGUGGUUCGUGUCCGCCGCGGUGUCAUUUGCGCCCAUCAUGAGCAAAUGGUGGCGCAUGGGAGCGGACGCUGAGGCGCAGCGUUGCCAUUCCAACCCGCGCUGCUGCGCCUUCGCCGCCAACAUGCCCUACGCGCUGCUCUCCUCCUCCGUCUCCUUCUACCUUCCGCUGCUUGUGAUGCUCUUCGUUUACGCGCGAGUCUUCGCCGUGGCUACGCGCCAACUGCGCUUGCUGCGCCGGGAGCUGGGCCGCUUCCCGCCGGAGGAGUCUCCGCCGUCUCCGUCUCGCUCUCCGUCUCCAGCCCCGGCGAGGCCGUGCGCUUCGCCUGCAGGGGUGCCCUCCUACGGUCAGCGACCCGCGCGCCUUCUGCCUCUCCGGGAACACCGGGCCCUGCGCACCUUGGGUCUCAUCAUGGGUACCUUCACUCUUUGCUGGUUGCCUUUCUUUGUGGCCAACGUGGUGCGCGCCCUUGGGGGCCCCUCUCUGGUUCCCAGUAAAGCUUUCCUCGCCCUUAACUGGCUAGGCUACGCCAACUCUGCCUUCAAUCCGCUCAUCUACUGCCGCAGUCCUGACUUUCGCAGCGCCUUCCGCCGUCUGCUGUGCCGCUGCCGGCGGGAGGAGCACCACGCCGCGGUCUCCGCGUCCCGCGACCCUUCCGGCACCCCUGAGCCACUGAGCAGCCCCGCGGAGUCCAGGCAGUGCCCACCGCUGGACGGGACUUCCUGGGAAUUUUUUAGGCCUUGAAGGACAAGAAACAA